UGUUCUAGGGUCAGAAUCAGGCGUUUUUCUGAUAAAAUCUGUCCAAUAAGCUGUGAUGUCUUUAUCUUAGCUUUCUUUCCCUUUUCCAGACAAUGGCUCCAACAUCUACAGGAAGCCUCCCAUCUAUAAACAGGACCUUCACAAACACUCGGAGGGAAGCGGGGUCAUUCAGUCCGCCAAGUUUCCUGCCGCCCAGCCUCCAGACCCCAACCAGCCCUCCAAGAUUGAGACAGAAUACUGGCCCUGCCCGCCGUCACUGGCUGCCAUGGAGAUCGAGUGGAGGAAGAAAAAGCUGCAGGAGGAAGGUGAUCUGGAGGAGGAGACAGAAGAAGAGCAGCCGCAGCAGGAGCUGGAGAAGAUCAAGUCCAACCUGGGCCGUUUGAUCCUGAAGGAGGAGAAGGAGAAAGGCGUUCCCAUCAAGAGGAAGACCCAAUCGCUGCCCGACAGAACCCACAUGCACACCAGCUUAUCAGCUGCUGCAUCCAAGUCCCCCUCACGCUCCGCCCUGACCAGAAUGCAGUCAGCAGAGUUCUCCACAGAUGGAGAUAAAGAAAAGCCAGGUGAGAAUCAUCCAUCCGUCCGUCCAUCCAUCCAUCCAUCCAUCCAUCCAUCCAUCCAUCCAUCCAUCCAUCCAUCCAUC